AUGGAGAAUUACAUAAAGGAAGACAUUAUCGGCGAAGGUGCCUUUGGAACCGUAUACAAAGUCAAAUGUAGGGUGACAGGAAAUGUAUUUGCCUUGAAGUAUCACGUUCGCGGUGUGGAGGAUUCGACAGUGAGAGAGUUGUCCUGUCUCGCUUCACUGAGUGGUCAUCCUCACAUAAUCCGGAUGUGCGAUUGUUUCGUAGACGAUGGAACGCUUGCCAUGCUCAUGCCCUACGUACCCUACAAGCUGAGCGAACUGAUUCACAACGAACAAGCUGAGGCAUCCCACUUCCGUCAAGACCGGCCACCACAGUCCCUCCCGUUGAGUUUUGUGGCCCAUUUUUCUAGCCAAGUGGCCAGUGCUCUGUCCUACAUGCACAGAUUGAGUAUAGUGCACAGAGACCUGACACCUUUCAACGUGCUACUGACAGAAGGUCUCACUGUCAAGGUGGCCGACAUGGGCCUUUCCAGACAAAUCUCAAAAUGGAUGAGCUUGAAUGUGGUCACUGUUGCAUACAGGGCUCCUGAAUUGUUUGGUGUAGGUGAUUUUGGAGAUUACACUUGUUCCAUAGACAUGUGGAGUCUGGGCGUAAUGAUAGCGGACGCCAUGGAAAGAAGGAUGGUAUUUCGUGGACGAUUGAACCUCCACUUCCAUGGGUACAUGCUGCUGCUGCUGCAGAGUGAGUAUGAUGUCCCGUAUCUGAUUCUCAUAGUCGUGGAAAAAAUUACCUGGAGUGUAUCGGUCCCAGAACCUGUGUCGGUUGAGACCGCAGAGGGCUUGCCUGUCAGCAGUGCAGCCGAUGCUCUCACGUUGUAUCUGUCGACAUUCCUUUUGCCACAACCACCAGCCUGA